AUUUUAUUUUAUUACCAUUCAUUAUGGGUCGCAUUCAAAAGAAAGGAGUGAAAGGGGCAGCGUCCAACUUUAUUACCAGACAACAAGCUUUGAAGAAACUUCAAAUCUCUCUUGCUGAUUUUAGACGUAUUUGUAUUCUCAAAGGGAUUUAUCCUCGUGAACCAAGAAAUAAAAAGAAGGCCAACAAAGGAUCAACAGCACCUGUCACUUUUUAUUAUGUUAAAGAUAUUCAAUAUCUUUUGCACGAACCUUUACUUGCCAAAUUCAGAGCUUACAAGGCCUUUGCAAAGAAAUUGAAUACUGUUCUCCACAAAGGUGAAAUAUCUUCAGCAAAGUCACUUAGUGAAAACAACAGACCUAGCUAUACUUUGGAUCAUAUCAUCAAAGAAAGAUACCCUACUUUUGUAGACGCUGUACGUGAUAUGGAUGAUGCUAUUUCCAUGUUAUAUCUGUUCUCCAAAAUGCCCGUGGAUAAUCGUAUCAAAGCCAAAACUGUGAAAUCAUGUCAAACUUUGAUUGCCGAAUUUCAAAAUUAUGUGAUGAAUGCCAAAUGUAUACGUAAAGUAUUUUUCUCCAUCAAAGGGAUCUAUUAUCAAGCUGAUAUCAAGGGACAAACUGUGACUUGGGUAGUACCUUAUCAAUUCUCAACAGAUGUUCCUACUGAUGUUGAUUUUCGUGUAAUGACCACCUUUUUGGAUUUUUACAUUACAUUGAUGGGCUUUGUGAACUAUCGCUUGUACAACGAACUCAACAUCUCGUAUCCUCCCAAAUUGGAUAGCAACGAUUACUUCAAGUUGGAUAAGAAUGUAACAGGUGGCAAGAAACGGGUGGAUGUAGGUGAAGAUGAUGAUGAAACAACUGCAUUGGACGAUUUUAAAUCCACUUCCAAAUCAAACAAUAAUAAUGAUGAUGAUGAUGAAAGUGCUACAGUGACAUUGCAACAAAUCCAAGAUGCUUCCAAUGAAGUCCAAUCUUUACAACAAUUAUUCAAGGAUCAUACUUUCUUCUUGUCCCGUGAAACUCCUCGAUAUGCAUUGGAAUUUAUGAUCCGUAGCUGUGGUGGUCAAGUCAGUUGGGAUGCAUCUGUAGGUGGUGAACCUCCUUUCCCUGAAUCCGAUGAACGUAUUACCAUUCAAGUGUGCGAUCGUCCCAAGGUAAACAAUCGUGUUCUUUCUCGUGCCUAUGUCCAACCUCAAUGGAUCGCUGAUAGCAUCAACGCUCGUAAAUUGAUCAAGACAUCUCUAUAUGAACCUGGUGAACUCUUACCUCCUCAUCUUAGUCCAUUUGUUGAAGCCAAGGAAGGUGAUUAUGUUCCUUCAUCUGCUGGUGUGAGCUUCUCUGAUUACAAGGAUGCUGAUGAUGAUAAGAAGAAGAAAAAGAAGGCCAACAAGAAGAAGCGAACUGCUGAAGAACUUGAACGAGAAGAACAAAAGGAAAUGGCCACUGUGAUGAUGUCCAACAAACAACGCAAACUCUAUAAUCGUAUGCAAGAAAGCAAUCAAAAGAAAUCCGAUCUCGCUACCAAGUUGGAACAAAAGAAGAAGGCUCUUAAAGCCAAAAAAUAG